UGUUUUCAAAAAUAAUGGCGAGGCAGAUUCCUAAAUUUCUGCCAAAAUGGGCCCACAUGUGCCCUCGGAGAAGCCAGUCAUUAGUGUAUGCAAGAAUAGCCAACUUUGGGAUUCUUGAGGAUAAAUACAAGGAAAUUCGAGAAAAAGCUUUUGACAGGAUUGACACAUCCAAAGGAGAUAUUAACAAGAAACAGGAGGAAUCCAAGGACCAACUCAAGAGGUUUGAUCUCUUCUCAAGCCCUAUUUCUGAGAAAAACUUAGGCCAAGAGGGAUACAGCAUUAAUGCAAUGACUCUCGAUCAAAUCAUUCAGAGGUUGAGAAUUGCUUUAGAACAGAAAUCUGAGCCAUAUGUGUACUAUCUCAUACUGGAAAGAAUGCAGGAUAUCGUCAUAAAUGAGCCUACAACAACUGGGAAGAAUGAGAUCUUAAAAAUACUAAGGGCAUUAAAUUAUUAUAGACCUAAAGAUGAAGAACGGAUUGAGAGACAAGCAAGAAAUAUCGGAUAUGUCUCAGAGAAUAAGGAUCCUUUAUCUAAAGCACAUCUAAGAGUAAUAAAGCAGCAGUCAUUGGUCGCUACAUCUCCCAUAGGUCAUGCAUUUGAUCAUGUGAAUGAUAAUAUACGAGGGACUUAUCUCAGAUCACUGGUGACUGAUUUCGUAAAAACAGAGGAAGAGACUAUGAGGAAGGAUAUUUACGAUGUUCUUGAAAUUUAUAAAACACUCUUUCGUAAUCUGGAGUUAGUUAUUCAUGAAGAGCUUAACCGGAAUAAUGUCUCUAUUCGAGAAACUCUGGAUAUCUUAUGAGCAUUUUCUAUAUCAGGAGAGGCAUCAAAUGUGCUGCUUGAGAGGAUAUUCGAGAUGAUCUACCCAAAUUUAUACCAAGGAAAGUUUAACAAGCAUGAUUUAGAACUGAUAAUAAACCAUUUCCCUCAAGAUUUCUGGGAAAACUCCUUUGAGCAUUCAUCUAAAAUGAAUAGCUUCAAUGGAAUGAUAGCAGAGAAAUUAGAAGAAGAGGUUGAGGGUUCAUCAAACAGGGAAUUACUUUCAUUUUUCCAGGCUUUCUCAAAUUUAAAGAAUUUCCCUAAAGCACUUCUGAAUAAGCUCCUUAACAGAUUUGUAAAGAUGAUAGAGCAUAAUCAAAUGACUAAGCAGGAAUUAAUGAAUUUUCUAGAAAUAUAUGCGAUCAUGCUACAGACUGACCCACUCAAGGCAAAAGAGCUAGAUUCUGAACUUCUUUUCGCCAUUGUUUCCAAGAAUAUUGAAGACAAUUUUCUCAAGAAAAAAUUUAAAUUUUCUUUACAAGAAAUAGCAGUACUUUAUUGGAUAUAUGCAACUUGUGAGAUAUAUCCCGGAACUUCUGAGGGAGCAGUAAAGUCAUUGGAAAAUAUACUUAACCCUAUGCUAGAUCUCUUUAUUGAGAAAUAUAAGCAUCUUUCUGAAGAAGAGAAGUAUGAUGGGAUCAAACAAGAAAUGGAUUUAAAUGACAAAGAUGCAGAUUUGAUCAUAUUUUAUUAUAAAAAGUGCCAAGAGAAUGGAAUAGGGGAGAAUGCAUCAACUAUAAUAAAAACAAUAGAAUCUAUCAAGAAGAAGUAUGAUGAUCGCCCAGAGAACGAGCGGAAAUGGUUUGUAUUCUAAAAUUUCAAU